UCCCACUCCACACCUACGCUCUGACGUCACUCAGUUCACCCUCCGACCACCAGGAGGCCAUGCCACACAAAUGACACACGGGUUCAUCUUCCAAUCAGAUCCGCGGGAGGAAGUUUAAACCAGUUACGGCUGUGAAGGAGUUGGCUGCUUCAAAAGCUAGAAGUUUAAGGUCAAGGUGUGGUCAUGGCUGAGGGUCUGGUACAGCAGGUGACCUGCUCCACUCUCACACAAUCAGCUUGUCAAAGUGAUCCGCUGAGCAGAGGUCCUGGGUGUCAGGAGGAGGGCGGGUCCAAAGUGGUGAUUGAGUACUGUAAGGAGCUGCUGACCAGAGGAGGAUAUGAGUUCAGCUUUGAGGAGCUGAGAGCAGAACGAUACAGACAACAACAGCAGCAGCAGCUGGAUGAAAAACUGAGGCAGCUGACAGAGUUGAAAGAGCAGCUGAGUUUGGAGCUGCAGGAAAAGAAGAAAUUACUACAGCUCAGGACCAGUCAACAGGUUGUUGACAAUGGCCCCACCCCUCCAUCAGCUGACUGCAGCAGAGCCUUGCCCACCACAUCUUUCCAAAUAUAUGAGUCCCUGUCAGCUGCCACACUACCAGCUGAUCCGUCACAUGACUCUCUUCAGAUGCCGAAGGAGCUGCAAGAUGAUGUCUUCCUCAGACCUGAUGAGAGAGGCCUCAGUCUGAAGAUUCAGUGCUCAAGACCAGGUGUUUCGUCUGAAUCCUUUCAGAUUAAAACCCCUGAUGCUGCUUCUGAAGGUGAGAUGGAGCCCAGUCCCCCCGUCAUCUCCCAUAAACCAGUGUCCGCACACCAACACAACCUGAGUCCCAUCCAGGAGAUGAGCAUGAACACCAGCUCUGUGAAGUCACUGGAAGCAGUGUCUGCUGGGAACUGUAGUCUUCUGGAUGACAAGAAGGAGCAGGACCAGCUGGACCAUGCUGCCUCACCUGUUCCAGAGGGUGACACUGUGGAUCCUUGUGACCCAGACCUCCGAGGGCGUCUGCUGACCCUCGCUGAUGUCACUUCCUGUCCAGAGCUUCACUCAGAGCCCCACUGUCUUCCUCCUGUGGACGAGCAGGGCGUACUAGAGCUUGGGGGCAGCGUAUACCGCAUCUUCUGCAGGGUCUUGGAUGAAGAGAGUUUCUCCGUCUACAAAGGACAGAAAGACGACAACUAUGUGCUCAUCAAGGUGGACAGCCACCCUCUGCCAUGGGAUUUCCACAUGUUUCGCCGUCUGAAGAAAAACGCUGCUGAUGGUCUUCCUUGGAUCAGCUGUUUCCUGUAUCUAGACGGCUGCAUUACCGUGUACACCACACCGGGUCACAAAUUCACAGAUCUUAUGGAGCCAUUUUCGGUCGAGAUGGUGGUUGGUCGUAAAGCGGCCGCUCUGGUGCGGUUAGUGUUACAGAUGCACACGUGCAGACUGGUUCACGCAUCGCUGCAACCGCACAUACUGACCCGCUGCAACAGUUUCCAGAGUUCUGAUUGGCUAUUACCCAUGGACUGGUCAUCCUCAGUGGACCUGGUCCUGCAGCAGGACAUUACAAAAGUCCAGCAGCUCUCCUCAGCUCAGACCUACAUCAGCCUGGGUCUGCUGGACCCAGCUGCCCCUCCAGAGCAGGUGGAUCUAGUGGGUGUGGCUGACACUGUCCAUGUCCUGCUCACGAACAGCAGGAUGAUGCCGGUGAAAGAUGCUGACGGGUGGACGGCAGAGAAGUUCAGUGGAGAAGAAUCCUGGCACGAAGCAUGUUACAUGUUCCAACAGACAUGGCAGAGGUUUUUCCGGCUGCUGCUCAACGCUGGUGAGCGCUCAUCACAAUCCGUCCUGUCAGAACUCACUGAGCUGUUGUCAUCAUUUCUACACUAAAUAUCAUCUGUUUGGUCACCAUUCGUCUUCUCUGUUUUUAUGUUGAGCAUAAUAAAUAAAAUCU